GUUCCGGCUGCGUCGCUUUACCCGGAAGUGCGCUGAACGCCGUUGAGAUCUGUGUCGUCCUUCUCCUUCGACAGGGGAGCUGGGGUUUCCGUUGCCGACAUGGCCGACUCUGACCCCCGCUAUCCCCGCUCUUCGAUCGAGGACGACUUCAACUAUGGCAGCUGCGUGGCCUCUGCCAGCUUGCACAUCCGGAUGGCCUUUCUAAGAAAAGUCUACAGCAUCCUUUCUCUGCAAGUUCUCUUAACUACAAUGACAACUGCAUUUGUUUUAUACUUUGAGUCUAUACGGACGUUUAUACAUGGAAGUCCUGCCUUAAUUUUGGUGUUUGCCAUGGGAUCUUUGGGUUUCCUUUUAGCAUUGACUUUAAACAGACAUAAGCAUCCCCUUAACCUGUACCUGCUUUUUGGAUUUACACUGUCGGAAGCUCUCAGUGUGGCCUUUGUUGUUACUUUCUAUGAUGUAUAUAUUAUUCUGCAAGCUUUUGUACUGACUACUGCAGUGUUCCUUGGUUUGACUCUAUAUACUCUACAAUCUAAGAGAGAUUUCAGCAAAUUUGGAGCAGGACUAUUUGCUGUUUUGUGGAUUUUGUGCUUGUCAGGAAUCUUGAAGUUGUUUUUUUACAGUGAGACAAUGGAAUUGGUCGUGGCUGCUGUAGGAGCCCUUCUUUUCUGUGGAUUCAUCAUCUAUGACACACACUCACUGAUGCAUAGGCUCUCACCUGAAGAGUAUGUAUUAGCCGCCAUUAACCUCUACUUGGAUAUCAUCAAUCUAUUCCUUCACCUCCUGCGGUUUUUGGAAGCAGCUAGUAAAAAGUGAUUAAAAGGAGUAUAUAGUCCUUCUAGGAAGAGAGCCUUUACCAGACGUCAAAUCUGCUGACAUCUUCAUGUUGGCAUCUUCACACAGCCUUCAGUGUGAAAAAUAAAUUUCUGUUGUUUAUAAAUUA